UACAUUUUUUUCCAUUUGUAACGCCACACUGCGGAAGUGAGCAGGUGAAAGUCGCGCAAUCAAAAUUUUAAAAUGUAUCCCUAUCUUCAAGCUUCUGUAUUUCAGAGAGAUUUACAUAUUAUUUCCAGAGCUUGAGAUGGUCUGGUAGUAUGGAAGUAAGAAGUAGAUUUCAAGUUCGGAUGAGCACCGAUAAAAGUAUGGUGUGGUAAAACAAAAGACGUCUCAUAGAAGUUCAUUAGCAUCUUGGUCACUACCCAGCAAUGGAGGGUUCGGCAAAUAGUUUUGGUACUUUAGAUAUCAAACUGGAAGCAGCUGACAAUUUUGACAGCGAUGAUAAUUUGUUGGACGAGGAUGCUGAAAGUGUAAUGGACAGUUUGAUACAGAGAAUAAAGACUGAACAUGCUGAAUGUGAAGAAACUGAUGCAGAGAGCGCAGGUUUGGGAAAUAUUGUGGCUGAAAUUGUUAAUGAUGUAGGAUUGAGUGGAAUUGAUGUGGAGGAACUUAAGGUUGAGAUAGAAAAUGAAGGAGAUAUGGUGGUUGGUAAUGAAGAGGAAAAUAAUAUGGAGGAGGGAAGUGCAUAUGGUAUGAUGGAGAAUUACAAGAAAACAUAUGGUAUGGUAGGGGAAAAUGGUAUGGGAGAGGAAAAUAAUGGACAAGAAGGUGUUGAGUAUGUAGAAAAAUAUCCUGAUCAAGCUGAAGAUGAUGUAGAGAAAGAGGAAGAAUAUGAUGAAGAUGGAACAUAUACCUGUGCUUUGUGUGAGCAGACAGUAGCAGGAGGUGGUGCAGUGAAGAAACAUCUGCUGGAACAUGUAUGUACUAGAAGUUACGAGUGCUUGGAGUGUGAUCUAAUGUACACAUCAGAUUGUUUAAAGGACAAGCACACAUUGAUUCAGUUUGAAAUGAUUGGGGAGACUUUACAAGGCAAAUUGUACAGAUAUUUCAGUUUGUCUCAGCUGCUACAGAAAGAAAAGUCUGAUGAAAAAGAAGAAAACUCCAAUACAGAAGAGAACCAAGAUAAAAAAGAAAACACUGAUACAAAAGAUGACCAUAAUAAAAAAGAAAUCUCUGAAAACUCGGAUAAGGAAAAAAACUCUGAAAACCCCGAUAAAAACAAAAACUCAGAUACAAAACAAAGCUCAGAUGAAAAAGAAAACUGUGAUAAAAAAGAAUCAUUGGGUGAAAGUGAAAACACUGAUAGAAAAGAAAACUCUGAUAGAAAAGAAAACACUGAUAGAAAAGAAAACACUGGUGAACCAGGGGACUCUGAUAUAGAAGAAAACUCUGAUAAAAAAGAAACAUCAUAUGAACGUGAAAACACUGAUAAAAUAGAAAACUCUUGUGAACAAGAGAACUCUGAUAAAAAGAAAGAGUCUGAGAAAUUACAGAAUGGAAUUCCAAUGGAAACAGAGCAGCUACAGACAGGUGGACAGUCAGAAUUACGGAAAAGACUGUCAGACCCACCAGAAAGUAUUACAAGGUUACAUGAAAAAAUUCUUAUGUCAGUUACCAUGGGUUCGCACUCUGGUCCAGUUGUUGAAGAAACUGUACCAGUAAUGUUUGUACCCGCCUCGUUAGAAGUAAAAACAAACAUUCCAUAUGCUUCUAAACGUCCUUUUGUAUGUUUGGAAUGCCAGAAAGGAUUUUUCAAGAUUGAAGAUUUGAUAGCUCACAGCUUUCUCAUACACAACAAAACGCAUAACAAUAUGCACUUGUAUGUUUGCCCUCACUGUAAUAUGGGGUUUGCAAAGGACCGACAACUGAAAAACCAUCUGAAGACGUAUGAGUCUAAUGGUUGUGAAGUGCAUAUUUGUAUGUCUUGUAACAAGGUUUAUAGAAAACGAGAGCCAAUGAGAACCCAUAUGUACAAGCACACGGGACGCGGAUCUUUUGAAUGUAAACAUUGUAAGAAAACCUGGAAAAACCGAUCAGUACUUAAACGACACAUGGAAUCUCAUAGAACUGAGAAAACAUUUGUUUGUGCUGUAUGUGAAAAAUACUUUUCUACCGCUAAUAGUCUAAAAAUACAUAUGUACAUUCACACGGGGGAACGAUCAUUUCCUUGUACAAUAUGUAACAAAGUGUAUUCAGAGAAAAGAUUUCUUAGAGUUCAUAUGUGUACUCAUACAGGAGAAGGAAAUUACAUAUGCAAGAUUUGCUCAAAAGCGUUUUACUCAUCAAGUCAGUUAAAGUUACAUAUGUGUAAACACACUGGCGAGCGACCUCAUGUUUGCAAAAUAUGUAAUGAAUCUUUCUUGGUGCGUAAUUCAUUAUUACGACACAUGUAUCGACACAAUGGUGAGAAACCAUAUUCAUGUAUAACGUGCAACAAGAGGUUUGUGUUAAAACAAGAUUUGACCGAACACCUUAAAACACAUGCUGUCAGAACGCAUAUGUGUAAACUUUGUAAACGCGGAUUUACGACGGGGGCGUACCUUAACAGGCAUAUGAAGCAGCAUCAGAAAAAAACGGCCGGCGGGAGACACACGUGUGUUGAGUGCGGUUUAUUUUUCAUGACUGUGGAACGCCUGAAGCAACAUCAAGAUUUGAUACAUCGCAGUGCAGGAGCGGAUGAUGCGGAUAACCCUGACAACGAAACAGAUUAUGAAGUCAGCGAUUUUGUUAUUGUCAAGCAAGAAACAGACACUCCGAAUGUUUUUGUCUAAAGUAUAUUGUUCACAUAGAAUUCUAACAUUUUUGUAGAGUUCUUGUACACAUAGAAUUUUAACAUUGUUGAUAGUCUUGUACACUAGCAUUUCUGAUUUACACUAAACAUGUGACCAUCUCCGAAAGCCUGGAGCAGCAUAUGUGUUUUUCGGAUGAAUGGGACAUGAGCUUUUUGAUUUAAAUUGUAGAAAUGUGUCUUAUAACAUCCGAAUUUGGGAAUUGUAAAAAAGUGGAUAUUUUUUUUAUCAAAAUUCUACAUUUAUGAAGGAAUUGGUUUAGUAGUUACUUAAGUUAGCACAUUACAUUGUGUUUCUCAUGUUUUAAGUUUUCACAAAAGCAGUUUUGGCUGAAAAAGGAAAAUAAUUGAAAAUUUAUUGUAAAGAUUGGACAAAAACAUACUACAUUGUAUUUGGCAUUUGGAAUGAGACUAAAAAGAAAGCAGGAAAAAAAAACAUACCUGUUUAUCUUUUGAGCAUCAAGCACUCUAGGUGAGAUUUUGUGAUCAACUGUGUCCAUCCCCAUCCCUUGCCAACACUUCAGCUGUUUCCAUUCUAAAAGUUAAGUUUUGGUUCAACCCUAAUGAAACUUGGUUAGAAUGUUGCCCCUUUUUAGAUGCAGCAAAAUUUUGAAGGUUAUCUUGGGGACAAAAAAUAUGUACACUUUUUCUACCAGAUAUUCAUAAGGAUUUGUCAGUAUGUUUUUCUCUUUGAAAUCUACAUGUAGGUCAAAACUAGGUUACAAGGUCAAAUCGCAGAAAAGCCUCUUAACACUCAAGAGGCCACAUUUUCUUAUUGGUCUUCGUAAGAUUUUUUUUUUCUCUAUGAAAUACGUUUAAAUUUCAAACUAAAUUAUAGAAGAAAAAAAAACUGUGGCCUUAGCCCAAAUUAUAUACAGUCUUAUUAUGUCUCUCACCACACAGUGGUGUGGGAGACAUAUUGAUUUACUCCAGUCUGUGUGUCUGUCACAAAGCUUGUCUGCACUCUAAGUCGAAUAUUUCUCAUCUGAUCUUCACCAAACUUGAACAAAAUGUGUUUGCCAAUAAGUGCUCGGCCAAGUUCGAUAACUAGCCAAAUCGGCUCAGGCACUUUGGAAUUAUGGCCCUUGAAUUACCAAAAAAAUACUCAGAUUUCUUGUGCAUUUUUUACCUCAAACCCGCGCCUAUACUACUUUUAAAGUUUAAAACAGUAUAUAAAGACUGACUAACUAUUUAGAUGAUUAGGCAGUUGUGGGAGACAUGCGCUUUUCUCAAAAGCAUCUGUAGUUAAUGCUGUAAGAGCCUGAUUGUUCUUGUUCUACAUGAGUUAAAUGAAGCAUGGUCAUGGUGUUUAUUGUAAGGGAAAGUAGGUCAGAUUGGAUACUAGCUCAGGUGAGCGAUAUAGAACCUUCAAAAUUUGGUCAGGUGAGCGAUACAGAGCUUUCAGUAGAUGUAGAAUAUUCAGUGUGUUGUGAAUGUAUAAAAAGUGCAAAACAAUCCAGAAUUUCAGUUUUUUUAACCCUUAGCUUCAUUUUUAAAAUGGAAUGAUCCAUCAUUCAAUUUAGGCAAUACCAUUUCUUAUUUGAAGGGGUGUUCAAUGAAAAUUUACUGAUUGAAUAGCGAACAGUGCAUACCAUGAUCAGCCUGCACGGACGUGCGUGCUGAUCUCGGUCUGCACUGAUCACAAAGUCAUAAUCCUUUGCUGUCAGCAGGCUAAAGGUUAAACAAAUACGAUGUUGUUUUUAUUAUUAAAUGAGAAAUCAUUAAAUUACAUGGGAAAGAAAUUUCAUGGUUUGACAAAAAAUGGUUAUUUCACGGGGAUAUAAAUAGAUGAAUUUUGACAUUUGAACAUAAAAUGAGUGGGAAUUUUACCUAACUUUAGCUUUUAUUUUAUCAAAGUUAUGGCCCUUUUUAACAUAUAGAAUUUUUUAUAGAAGUUUUGAUUGUAAUCGUGUUUCUUAAAAAAUACGUGGAUAAAAUGUUUACGUAUUCUCUAAAUGUCUUUGACAUCAUAGGAUGACCUCACUUGGCAAGUUUCGUAACUCUGGCUUUCGUAACUCUGGCUUACAUUUUGGCUCAGUUAUGUCCCCUUCCUUUCAGGAAAUUUUGUUAAAGCUUUCGUAUGAAAGUUAGUAAUUAGUUGGUAGGCCUUCAGAUAGUUAGAUGCCCUGUCAAUUAGUCAAGUACUGUGAAAUCAUAAAUAUUCGUAGGGGACUAACUUUUGUGGUUGUGUCAAUCCACGAAAUUUAUUCCCAAUGAACAAGUAAAAUUCCCAUUCAUUUUAUGUUGAAAAGUUGAAAUCCAUGAAUUCAUAUGCCCAUAAAAUGGCAGUUUUGACCAAAACCAUGAAAUUUUGUACCCACGAAAUUAAAUGAUUUUACAGUACAGUUAUUAGACAGCUGUUUUAUUAUUUUAGCCGCACCAUGAGAAAACCAACAUAGUGGGUUUGCGGCCAACAUGGAUCCAGACCAGCCUGCGCAUCCGCGCAGUCUGGUCAGGAUCCAUGCUGUUCGCUUUCAAAGCCUAUUGCAAUUAGAGAAACCAUUCGCGAACAGCAUGGAUCCUGACCAGACUGUGCGGAUGUGCAGGCUGGUCUGGAGCCUAUUGCAAUUAGAGAAACCGUUAGCGAACAGCAUGGAUCCUGACCAGACUGUGCCGACUGGAGCCUAUUGCAAUUAGAGAAACCGUUAGCGAACAGCAUGGAUCCUGACCAGACUGUGCCGAUGCGCAGGCUGGUCUGGAUCCAUGCUGGUCGCAAACCCACUAAGUUGAUUUUCUCAUGGCACGGCUCAUUUAUAUUAAAAAAUAGAAAUUUGAGAAUUCAUGUCUCCAUGAAAUAGAUGAGGUGUGGCGAAAACAAAGUGCUUUGAAAUAAUGAGUGUUUUACAGUAUGUUUAAAACGGGUUAUUUUGUAGAAAUUUUUAGCACAUUUAAGUAUUCAUAUACUUUAUAUAUCUAUGAAGAUUUUCAUGUUAAAUUUUUAGUUGAUAUUGAUGCAAUUUGUGUAAGGAAAUGGACAUGAAUAUUGUCUAAAGUUAUUUAUUUCUUUGCAAAUUAAUGGUUGAAAGCCAAUAAUUCAGUUUAUCUAUAAAUAGUUGAUGCAUCUAUAAAUAGUUGAUGACUCUAUCAAUAGAUUAUGCAGCAUUUUGAUUUAUAUUCAAGGCCUUACUGUGGUUUAUUGCCUGUUCUAUUUAGAUGUGCACAAAUUGAAACAAUUGAAACAACUUUGCGUUAGCCUGAGUUGUUAAAUAUUUUAGCAUCUGAAUGAUAAACUGUGGUAAAUUAGACAAUAAAUCAUGAGAAGACCUGGAUUGUUUUAUUUUUACAUGUUUAAUGAAAUAUUUUGAUCAUAGAAAUUAUGUUGGGUUUUAUUUAUUCAAGUAAAAUAUAGUAUGUAGAGAAUACAUAUCUUUAUUAUAUACCUGUAUAAAUUCAGUAAAAAAUCGGCUUGUAUUUUACAACAAAAUAUGAACAGGUAGAAAAUAAUUUCGUAUUGUACCUUUUAAAUUUUGUAUGUAUCUUCCGUAUUGCAUGCUGCGGGACUACUUUCAUUAAUAUGCAUUACACAUAGAUAUUUGAGCGCCACUGUGCGAAAACCAACAUUUGGGCUUCGACACACCAGCAUGCACAUUUGUGCGGUCAAAUCUAGAUCUAUACUCCUUGCUUACAAGAUGCAUAUACAUGUACUGAAAUUGAUAAACCAUCGCUGUAAAAGUAUAUAUUUUCACUGGUUCAAAAUUUUGCGACUUUGAAAUUCUGAGUAGGUUCACAAGGUUAUAUAUUUGCAUAGUUGUGAAAGUGGUAUCCUACUUGAAUUUGAAUUAUACUAAUGGUGAAUAUUUACAUGAGGAUUAAUUCUCGAGAUAUGUAGAGCCUUGUGAAUAUAGCGAAAUUAAACCCUCGCGAAAACUUACGCUUUUAUAGUAUUGGGAUAAAUGAAUAGCAUGGAUGUGCAUUGACCCGUAUACUUUCUGGUUGCAAAGCCCCUAUAUUAGUUUCCGCACAGCAGCAUUCAUUAUUUACAUUGUAAUACAAUUUAGGUUUUUCUUCAACAAUGGGUUUGUUACGUUUUCAUGCCUGUAGUGACAAUCCAAAAUUUCUAUAUCAGUUAUGCAAUUUUGGCAUUCUCCAGUAUGAAGGGAAAGCUGGGUUUUCAUAUGAGGUAUAUCAUUGUCCGAAGAAUAUGGAAAUGUUGUUUAUAAUACGUAAUUACACGGAUAUUACAAACUGCCAUUGUGGAUCCGCUACCUUAAUUAGUGUUGACUUUUUAAUCAUAGUUGUUAUGCACUUACACAUUCUCAGAAAAAUUACUUUUGAAAUAUAUAUUAUAUAUUUUUAGUUAAUGAUUUAUUUGUGAAUUUGUUUUACAGCACUUUAACCAUGUAGUAUUAAUCCCAGAUUUAAAUGCCCCACCCAAUAAAUGCACCACAUCCCUGUAUAAAAUUCAGUUUAUUUCAUAGGUCAUAAGUGAGUAAGUUGUUAUUGUGAAAGUUCUUUUAUUAAAAAGAAUGUUUAAAAGUUUGGAAAUUUCAUGUGAGGAACCUAUUAUGUGUGGAUAUUUCAUGUGUGGAAAUUUCAUGUGUUGAACUUCUCAUGUGUGGAAAUUUCAUGUGAAGAACUUCUCAUGUUUGGAAAUUUCAUGUGAGGAGCUUCUCAUGUGGUUGAACUUCUCAUGUGUGGACAUUUCAUGUGAGGAGCUUCUCAUGUGUGGAAAUUUCAUGUGUUGAACUUCUCAUGUGGUUGAACUUCUCAUGUGUGGACAUUUCAUGUGAGGAACUUCUCAUGUGUGGAAGUUUCAUGUGUUGAACUUCUCCUGUGUGGAAAUUUCAUGUGUUAAACUCGUGUGGAAAUUUCAUGUGAGGAACUUCUCAUGUGUGGAAAUUUCAUGUAUUGAACUUCUCAUGUGUGGAAAUUUCAUGUGAGGAACUUCUCAUGUGUGGAAAUUUCAUGUGAGGAGCUCAUGUGAAUAACUUUUUAUUUGAGGAAAUUUUUGUACAUAUAUUAACCUCUUAUAAUUAUGUGGAACAUUUUGUGACUCACAGUGUAACUUCUUAUGUGUUGAACUUUUCAUGCAUGGAACUUUUCUUUUGUCAAAAUUUUCAUAUGUGUAACUUUUCAUUUUUGGAACCUGUCUUUGAGGAACUUCUCAUGGGAGAAAAUUUUCAUGUAAAGAACUUAUCAUGUUUGGAGCUGAUCAUAUGAGAAACUUCUCAUAUGUGAAACAUUUUGUGGGAGAUUUUCUUGUGUGAAAUGUGUCACGCUUGGAACUUUUUAUGUAGGGAGCGUUUCAUGUUUGAAACUUUUCAUAAUGUGAAACUUCCCAUAUAUGGAAUUUUUAAUGGAUGGAACUUCUCGUGUGUUUAAAUUUUCAUGUGUGAGGAAGCUGUCGAUCUGUGGUUUGUUCUAUCAAGUUGACUAUAUGAGUGGCAUGUAAGUCUGUGCCUGAACUGAAGGUGCACCUGUACACAGUUAAAACCUUUGAAUUCAAGUACAUUUGUACACUGAAAUUUGACUGCAAAGAAGAAGUUCUACAAAAUGAUAGGGGACAUGUUUAGGGGUGUGCCAGUAUAAAUGGUCUUACUGUUGAGCAAAACUUACAUGUAAUAAGGGAAUUAGAUGAAAAGGUAGAAAACUAAUUUCUGGGUCAUUUAGAUUUGAGGUAGAUUUUUUUCAGUAGUUGCUAGACUAUUAUACAGAUUUGUUACAGUUCAUGUAAAAGGUGAUCUUACUAGGCAUUGUGUUAUUGCUUUCUUCUGUAUAUAGAUGUAAAGUUUUGAAUGCUAUUGUUUAGUCAGUUUUUUUGUUUUUUUAAGGCCUCCAGAUUGUAUGACAACAUUGUGAAUUGAAAAAAACAAAAAGAGGUAUCAGGAAAUAAAUGUUACCGUAUACUGUCGCUUAUAAGACGCACUGCUUAUAAGACACACCCCGAAAUCAGACAUGCAAUCUAGGGUUUCUUUUUUUUUUAAAUUUCCUUGUAGUUCACACUUAUAAGAUGCUUCCCACUCUUCAAACUGGAAAUAUGACUCCUGAUAAUACGUCUUAAAAGCGAUAAUAUAUGGUAUAUUUCUGAAGAAUGCAUUGAAACUAAAUUGCUGACAGACUAUAUGUUAAAGAAACACAAGAGCCCGCCCGCUUAGCUCAGUAGGUAAGAGCGUUGGUCUACGGUUGGCGGGGUCGCGAGUUCGAUCCUCGGGCGGGGCGUAUGUUCUCCGUGACUAUUUGAUAAACGACAUUGUGUCUGAAAUCAUUAGUCCUCCACCUCUGAUUCAUGUGGGGAAGUUGGCAGUUACUUGCGGAGAACAGGUUUGUACUGGUACAGAAUCCAGGAACACUGGUUAGGUUAACUGCUUGCCGUUACAUGACUGAAAUACUGUUGAGAAACGGCGUUAAACCCAAAACAAACAAACAAAUACAUAAUCGUCCAUUGCGGUAAUGACAGCAAAAAAGUUUUUAUUGCUGUUGUGGUCUAGGUUCGUUUCCCGAAGCGGGCAUCUGUUUUUGUCAACAAGAUUGCGAAGACAUAGUUUCCAAAUGACUGUUUGGUGUAUGUGCGUCCGUUCGGAUGUAUUAGUCCGAAUCAUAACUUUUACAUGCAUUGAGCAAUUAUGUUAUAUUUGGCAUGAAUGUUUUUAAUAAAUGUCAGUGAGAUGGAGUAUAAUGCUCAGUCCUUUUGACAACUGGCGGGCUCGACAUGUUGCCCAUGGGCAUCUAGUUUCUUCUUGAUUUGGCAUUUUUAAGAUAGUUAAGAAACAAAAAACUCUUAUUCUUAUGUUUGUAAUAUGGGAGAUGUAGAGCCUCAUGAAUAUAGCAAAAAUUAAACCCUCGCGAAAAUUUCUGCUUUUACAGUAAUUGGGGGUCAGCUUAUGGCUUGUUAGGCAGUUAGUUUAUUUUUGGAGGCGACUUACUAAUUGUUUUUAAUUGUUAUAUUCCCACAUUAUUGUGGGGGCAUAUGGUUUUAAAUUAUAUUUUUACUUGAAGGCAAAAGUGUAACUUUAUUGUUAUUAUUUAAUACCUGUGGUAAAGUAAAAUAUUUUCUGAGAAAUAUUUUUGUUAGAUGCAUUAUGUAUGAAGUCGGAUAUUAAAAGGGAAGAUUACACAUUUUUAUGUGAAAAUUGUUUUUGUAUAUUCUUGUAUCCAGUCAAUUUUCUAUUAACUCUUUGGUUUCCUAGAAGCUAUAGAUUUCCAUACCCAAAUUUUGUAAUCAAGUUACAGUAUAACUAUCUGUUACUAUGAAUUCAUUCAUUUUUGUGGGGGACAAAUUUUUAGCUCACUUGAGCCAAAGGGUCAUGGUGAGUUUUUGUGACUGCUCAGUGUCCGUUGUGCAUCGUGUGUCCGUCAACAUUUCCUAAAAGAUAUCUUUUUCUUGAAAACCACUGGGUAGAAUUAUACCAACUUCACAGGAAUGAUCCUUGGGUGGUUCCCUUUCAAAAUUGUUCAAAGAAUUUUAUCCCAUGCAGAACUCUGGUUGCCAUGGCAACUGAAAGGAAAAACUAAGUUUAAAAAUCUUGUCCAAAACCGCAAGGCGUGGAGCCUUGGUAUUUGGCAUGUGACAUCAUCUGAAAAGAGGCCCCACCUCGGGAGUCACAAGUUUUACAUAAACUUGUAUAGGAAAAAAACUUUAAAAAUCUUCUUGCCUGAAACUGCAAGGCCUAGGCUUUUGAUAUUAAGAAACUUGCCUUUCCUAGUGUUUUUCUACCAAAAUUGUUCAAAUUAUGUCCCUAGGGUGAAAAUAGGCCCUGCCCUGGGGAUCCCAAAUUUAACAUAGACUUGUAUAGAGAAAAAAAUCCUUUUGUCUGAAAGUUCAAGGCCUAGGCCUUUGAUAUUUGGUAUGUGGCAUUGCCUAGUGGAUCUCUAACAAGUUUGUUCAAAUUAUGCUCCUUGGGUGAAAAGAGGUCCCGCCCUGGGGGUGACUUGUUAUAAUAAUGAGUUAUAUAGGAAAAAAUACUUCAAAAAUUAUCAGAACAUAUUUCCUAUACUGUGUAAUUAUAAGUACCUGAUGACCCUUAGCGGUUAGUGAUCACUUGACUGUAACCUUGACCUACUGACCUACUUUUUAUCUUCUUCUAUUUUAAGAUACAGCCUUGAAAUUUGGAUGACAUGAUUGUACAGUUUUGCACACCGAUCUUAAAACUGACUUUCAGUUACCAUGGAUAUGACCUACUGAUCUACCUUCUUAAUAUUUUGGCAUCAGUUUGCCAUUUGAAACAUGUGGCUCAUAUUACUCAGUUGAGCUAUCUAGGAUCAUCAUAAUCCAUCUUGUUUUUAAAUUUUAAACUCACGAAUUCAAUACCAGUAUUCUCAAACCACAAAAUUUGAUGUCAACAGAGUUACAUGAUUUUAUAUCAACAUAUAUUACCAAACUCAUCACAACUGUCUUUAUCCAUACUUCACAGGUUUUAAGUGUCAUUUUCACAUUUUUUUUUGGUGAUUUUUUUUCUCUAUCAAAAAUCCAUGAAGUACAUGUAUUUGUAUUACUACAUCAUAGUGUCAAACAGUGGUGUGUUGGAAAAGAAAAUGUCCUAAAAACAGGCAAAUGUUUGGUGGAUAUCUUCAAGGAUAUAAGUAAUUGUCUUUGAUAAUGGGUAAGAAUGAAAAUAUUAUAUGAUGGCCCAAACCAUGAUUUAACUGUGAAUAAAUCAUUGUUGGAUGUUCCGAUGUGUAUUAUAAAUCAAUCUGGAUGCACCCAGAUGAUAUGAUUUUUUUCUCAUUCGGACAUGAAUGAUUUUAAUAAAUGAUUGUAUGGAAUGUUGGGUCUCAAAUGAAAUCCAUGAUCUGAAAGAAACAAAAUAACACCCAAGUCGAUGUAUAUUUUGUAAUGAUGCGGAAAAACACUGCAUGCUUGGGUAUCACUGGCAUAAGCAACAAGGCAUAUUCUAGCAAAUCAUAGCCAUAAUUUUUCUAUGUUUUGAUCGCUCAAAAUCUAGGGUAAUAAAAGCAGUUCAUUCAACACCUUGUGACCUUGAACGACCCUGAGGGAUCAAUGUUUUACAUAGGCCAUUUUUUAACCUUUAGCCUGCUAAAUAUCUAAAAUGGACUGGUCCAUCAUUCAUUUUGGGCAAUACCAUUUAUUUUUCAAAAGAGUGUUCACUGAAAAUAUACUGACUGAAUAGCAAACAGUGCAGACCAUGAGAUGUGCAGGCUGAUAUUGAUCUGCACUGGUCGCAAAAGCAGAAUGACUUGCGGCUGGCAGGCUAAAGGUUAAUAGUAUUUCAGUUAUGUAAUGGCAGGCAAAUAACUGAACCAGCAUUCCUGGUUUCUGUACCAGUAUCAACAAGUUCUCCAAAGUAACUGCCAAUUUCUUCACAUGUAUCGGAGG